AGAAGGGGAGGUGAUGAGAGGAAGCUGCAAAAACACAGGGCGGCUGCGCCUAGCUAAGUAGGACAAUAAAGUGAUAACACUCAAUGCUCUAACAAUGGGUUUGACGGAUAUUCUUCUCUUGGAAUUAAUUUUCAUUAUUUAUGUAAUAAACUGUGCACAAGGUCAUUAUGGGAACCCCCUGAAUAAAUACAUCCGCCACUAUGAAGGUCUGUCUUAUGACACAGACCUGCUUCACAGCAAACAUCAGAGAGCUAAGAGGGCUCUCUCCCACGAAGACAAGUUCCUUCAUCUGGACUUCCAUGCCCAUGGAAGACACUUCAAUCUGAGAAUGAAGAGGGACACCACCCUGUUUGUCCCGGACCUGAAAGUGGAUAUGGGAGGAGAAGAGAACACGUAUGAUACCUCCCACAUCUACACUGGAGAAAUAUAUGGGGAGAAGGGUACCUUGAGCCACGGCUCCAUCGUGGAGGGCAAGUUUGAGGGCUUCGUCCAGACCUACCAGGGGACGUUCUACGUGGAGCCUGCUGAGAGAUACCUGAAGGACAAAGAUGUACCCUUCCAUUCGGUCAUCUACCACGAAGACGACAUCAACUAUCCACACAAGUACGGGCCAGAAGGAGGUUGCGCUGACCACUCUGUAUUUGAGAAGAUGAAGAAGUACCAGAGCUCUGUCAUAGAGGAACCGGCCUUGGACCAGAGCGAGGAGGCACCCUCUGACCCUGUUCUGCUGAGGAAGAAGAGGAUGGCGCAGGUAGAGAAGAACACCUGCCAGCUCUUCAUCCAGACAGACCACCUCUUCUUCAAGUUCUACAAGACCAGAGAGGCUGUCAUAGCACAGAUCUCCAGUCACGUUAAGGCCAUCGAUGCUAUCUACCAGGGCACAGACUUUAUGGGCAUUCGCAACAUCAGCUUCAUGGUGAAAAGAAUCAGGAUCAACAUGACCAGUGACGAGAGAGACAGGUCCAACCCCUUCCGCUUCGCCAACAUCGGUGUGGAGAAGUUUCUGGAGCUGAACUCGGAGCAGAACCAUGACGACUACUGCCUGGCCUACGUGUUCACUGACAGGGACUUUGACGACGGCGUGCUGGGCCUGGCCUGGGUGGGAGCCCCUGCAGGCAGCUCAGGGGGCAUCUGUGAGAAGAGCAAGUUGUACUCGGAUGGGAAAAAGAAGUCUCUGAACACCGGCAUCAUCACGGUGCAGAACUAUGCCUCGCACGUCCCACCCAAAGUCUCUCACAUUACCUUUGCUCACGAGGUCGGACACAACUUCGGCUCACCGCAUGACUCUGGGUCAGAGUGCACUCCGGGGGAGUCCAAGAGCCAAGACAAGAAGGAGAAGGGAAACUACAUCAUGUACGCCCGGGCCACCUCAGGAGACAAGCUCAACAACAACAAGUUCUCCAUCUGCAGCGUGCGCAACAUCAGCCAGGUGCUGGAGAAGAAGAGGGGGAACUGCUUCGUCGAGUCUGGCCAGCCCAUCUGUGGUAACGGCCUGGUGGAGCCUGGAGAGGAGUGUGACUGCGGCUACAGCGACCAGUGCAGGGACCAGUGUUGCUAUGACGCCAACCAGCCCGACAACAAGAAGUGCAAGCGAAAGCCAAACAAAGUCUGCAGUCCCAGCCAAGGCCCUUGCUGUACUCACGAGUGCACUUACAAGGGCCGCAACGACAAGUGCAGAGAGGAGUCCGAGUGUGCCCACCAGGGCAUGUGCAACGGGGGCACGGCCCAGUGCCCCACCUCCGAGCCCAAGGCCAACUUCACCGCCUGCCACGGGGAGACCCAAGUCUGCCUCAACGGGGGCUGCUCCGGCUCCAUCUGUGAGAAGUACGGGCUGGAGGUGUGCACCUGCGCCAGCCAGGAGGGCAAGGACGAGACCGAGCUGUGUCACGUGUGCUGCAUGGAGAAGAUGAACCCCAACACCUGCAGCAGCACGGGCUCAGAGAAGCUGGCACGCUUCUUCAAUAAGAAGGUGACCACCCUGCCCGCUGGGUCCCCCUGUAACGACUUCAAGGGCUACUGCGACGUGUUCAUGAAGUGCCGUCUGGUGGAUGCAGACGGCCCGCUGGCCAGGCUCAAGAAGGCCAUCUUCAACCCCGAACUCUACGAGAACAUCGCAGAGUGGAUAGUGGCACACUGGUGGGCCGUCCUGCUGAUGGGCAUCGCUCUGAUCAUGCUGAUGGCCGGCUUCAUUAAGAUCUGCAGCGUGCACACUCCCAGCAGCAACCCCAAACUGCCCCCGCCCAAACCACUCCCAGGCACCCUGAAGAGGCGGCGUGCCCAGCAGCAAGCCAGCUCCCAGGUGCAGCACCAGUCCCAGCACCCCCACUCCCACCAGCAUGCCGGGCAGAGGCAGCCCCAGAGGCAGCCCCAGCCCCAGAGGCAGCCCCAGCCCCAGAGGCAGCCCCAGCCCCAGAGGCACGGCCGGCAGCCCAGGGAGAACUAUCAGAUGGGGCAGAUGCGCCGCUGAGACCACCAGGCCACGCCUUGGCUCCUCCUCCUUGUGCCUACAGUGGGAUAAAACAGUCACUCCAUCCAAAGAAUAGCCUAAACCAGUCACCCGAUCAUCCUCACACCCUUCAUCCACCAAACAGCCCGACAAACAGACGGCGAGAUAUGGAGAAUGACAGAGCGACCCUGCCGUGAGCCCGCACGUGUCGAGUGAGAUCGUCCAUCCUGCCUGGGAUGUAGACUUGGACCCCCGGGCGAUCCAACACGGCCAUCUGGCAUUUUUCUCUCUUGCCCCCCCCCCCCCAUAUUGUUUUUAUUGGUUUGUUUUUAAAGGAGUGCCAAGGAGUUAAGGAAUCAUGCGUAGCUUUAGUACCUUCUGUGAUGAUUUUGGUUUUGUUUUUCUCCUUUCCAAUUGCUAAGUCCUCUCAAGUGACACACCUGCGGCUGCUGGUGAAUCUUCUGUGAUUUUUCUUCUGCCAUCCCAGCCAGGAAGCCGAGAGGCACUCGGUAGAGAUCUUCAGCACUUUUGGGAUUUUCCACCUUUUCAAAACGUCAAAAGACACAAGCUCUUGUCUCUCAUGCAGACCAUCCUCUGCAUGUGACUGUACAGAUUUAAGUGUAUCAUAAGUGAAUACAAACUAUUUCUUCUACUGUAAAUGUAUGAUUCUUUACUGGUUUCGGUUAGUACUCUCAGGACUCUAAACACACAAAUGAAGGUAUCUGCGAAGAUGAGCUCUUGAAUGCUGAAGCGGGGGUGGAGGAUCUGAUGGUCGUUCGACUUCCCCUGCUGCAGUCGGAUCAGGAGGGAAGUCUCAACAUCACGUUAGGUUACUAGACAUGGAUGCUAAACGUCAAGGUCACCCUAUCCCACUUUUGACCUGGAGGGACGUUCGAGAUCCAAAUCUUCAUCUGCUUUUGUUUUGUUGCUAACAUCUCGUACUGAUCACACCAUGUAUCAUAUAAGGAUAGUCAAGGAACAGGAGGGAACCUCACCAGGUUUUACACACUUUUAUUGUUGCUGAAGAAUGAAUAACCACUAACUUAAGAUAAGAAUUCUGCCUGUGUAGUUCAUAAAUGCAGGCAAAUGAAGGCAGACUAAGGGGCUUACAAUAGGUCAGAGAGUGUAUUAAUGUUAGUGCUAGGUUUACGUGAGUGUGGAAAGUGUGAAAUUGCAAAAUAGUUCCAAUAUGGAUGUAAAAAAAAAGAAAUUAAGAAAAAAAAGUUACUCCAUGCUCUUACUUUUCACAUCAAAAGU